UCAAGUUUCCCGCUCAAAGAGAAACAUGAAGGGAAACCAGACUCCACAGAAGGAACUGCCAAGGUCUGCAGAGUCUGCACUUCGGCGAGUGAAGGAGGCUCCAUCGAAGUCCCCCUCCGACCAACUGAAAAAGCCUCUAAAGAUCUCCAAGAAAUGCUUGGAUUCAUCGUUUGCAGCUAUUCCGGAAGAUCAAUCUCCUGGAAAAUCGGUUUCUAGUUCGAUCGAUUCCGAUCCUAAUUCCGUAUUGGUGAACUCCUCUGUUGAUCAAAACAAACAACUCUCGGAGGUCUUCAAGCUUUCGAUGAAUCCAGAAUUUCCAGUCUCACCUGUAACAUUCGAUCCGUUCGAAGUCUCUCCGUCGUCUACGAUCGUGGAAGAGAACCAAGAAAUCGGCAGUGGUAGUAUCGUCGACUUUAAUGGAACUGUCGAUUGUGACACUCCAAAGACCGGAAGUAUUGAUGUCGGAAUAGCAGUAGAUUUCAUCAGAGAAGCUUUGUUUCAGGCCUCGAGUUCCCCUAUCGUCGAUCUCCGAUCGAAGAAGAUUUUGGAUUCCGUGGUAAAGAUCGUUAUCGAUGAUAUGUAUGGUUUUCCGGAAGAAAAAGUCCCUUCUCCCGAUGUAAUGUCGAAUAAGCUUCGUACGGGAUUCCUAUAUUUCUUGCUGGGGCUUGUUCCUGUCUCGGUGGUUGCCGUUGCUCUAUCGAAUUUGUUCGCCGGCAGCUCUUUCCCUGAUCCCCCACCGACAUGAAUGGUAGAUGUAUCCACUUUACGCUUCUGGCCAUCUGGUCGUGUACGGACAGAAUCAUUCUCCCCCUUGCUUGAUCGCAUUUCUUUCCUUUUCUUUAUCCCAGCGUUUCUGUAAGUACUGUUUGAAGUUUGAAAUCAUUUGAUUUCCGGAUUUUUUUCAAA